GAAAACAAAGUUAAAAGUAGGUGUUGCAUAUUUCCUCCCCUUGAAAUUUGAUUAAGGACAUAAAAAUUCAUAUUCAUGCUUAGAUGUAAUUGGAUCCUUCGCAGCAUCCCUCUCGCUGUGGCCUUGCAGCAGCAUUAUGGAGAUAAAUUCACGGUAUCGCCACGCGCCUGGCAUCGUAUCGCGGAAAAGAACAAGGAAGAGGGCUUUCUUAACGAUAAGCGCUGCUUGCGCCUCGCUAUCGAUUCCGGAGGCUGCCACGGGUACUUGUAUAAGUUUUCCUUCGAUAUGAUCGACUCCUUAAACAAGGAAGAAGACCUGUUGUUGAAGGAGACGGAUGUGGUAAGCCGCGACGAUCCCAACUUCACCGGAGCCGACCCGCCGCCGCAGGUGGUGGUGGACAAUAUUAGUCUUGGAAAGCUCAAGAAAUCGUUGAUAGACUACUACAGCGAGCUAAAAGGGGCGGCGUUUGUGGUGGUUGGAAACGAGUUAGUGGACCAAUCCUGCGCCUGCGCGCUGUCUUUUUCGCUGAAACCAAAGGCAAAGACCUCUUCCGCCGCAGCAGCUACGAAUAACGCGCGCGUUGGCAUGGAAACCAGGCAACAAGAAACCGCAGCGCAAUCUGGAAACGGGGAUUCGGGGCAUCCACUUAAACAUAAUAUUCCUAGGCAUCGGGCUGUCCAGCGUUAAACGGUAUAAAGAGUUUAGAGAGGGAGAAAAAAAAUGUGACCGAAAACGUUUCGAUUGGAGUUUCUUUGUGUGCUUCAUCCUCUUAGGAAAUUUGUCACUAUAUAAGCCGUGUCUUUAAAGCUAGUCUUCCGCUUGUUAACUCUGCUUAUAGUUUACAAAUAUUUGAUGGGGGCUCGCCUAGAUUAUUCUUGCCUAUAUUUGCCCCUAACAUGGUAAAAGCAUUCUAUAUAUGUAUAAAUGCAUGCAUGUUUAUGUUUGUAUGUACACUUUAUGAGACUCUCGUUGCAUUUACCACAUCCCAAAUGUGCUUCCAUUCUACGCUAAACUAUAAAUAGAAACCAAAGUACUCUACAUUUCUUUCCUCUCGUUAGGUAUGUCUUCCCUCACUGAAAAUCAAUACGGACAAGGUCAAGUUUACCGAAUUCAACGCGAUUCGCCUCUGAUUUUAUUUCCUAUGAGCAAUGGCCGCACCCUACGGCGUAAGGCAAGCUCUUCUUCUUCUUCAACCGCGUUCACCGGCUUACGUGGGAGAUCGUUCCGAAAGAUGAUACCGGAGGAUAGCGAUUUGAACAGCAGUGCCCACAUUGCCGGCGCUGCCGCCCUCCGCUACCAAAGCAAACUUCAUUCGGAAUCGCAUCUUCCUCGCCACGCUGGCAAAGCCCUUUUUCCCGCUCACUUGAACCCACGUGAUGUCUGUGCUGCAGCCCGCUGCGACGUCAAAUCGCACGUCGGGCGACGCGCCACCAUCGACCACCUUUCCGGCGCCGGCGCUGUCGUCCGGCACGAUGUGGAUAACGAGCGACCGUGGCUCUUCCGCGCGCGCGCGCCCUUACCGGGCCCAUGAUGCGCAUCUAUUCAUAAUGAGAAAUUCUGUUUACAAGGAAAACAUAAGAAAAAGAAAACCUACACGGUGUGGUGUCUCAAGUGAAUCAUCUACGGAAGAACAGGGAGUGAGGGGGGUCAUGCAUAAUAUACAAUCAGCAUCGGCGACAGUUUGAGAUCGCAUGUGGGAGUUACCCGCUAUGGAAAAGAAUCAAAUCAACAGGUUAGGCAAUGUGAAUAAAAGCGAUAUAGAAUCCAAGAUAGAUCAUCAAUGAUAAUGACAAUAGAUCUUUUUCUUCAUGCAAUUAUAGACCCAUGUCUAGAAUUUACUCCAAAAUCUCAAGUGAGAAAAGAGAAGGUUUUAAGGAACUGUGCAGGUGCCAGUGUCGUAACAAAUCUGUCCUUCGUAAUAGUGUUGCAUUGAAAGCAAACUAAUAAUGGUGAUGAGAUCUCCGCUUUCUCCUUUAUUACUAUUUAUCUGAUAUAGGUUGUGCGUUUAUUUCAUUUUCUGUUCUCUGAAUUUUGCUAUGAUGCUCACUUUUCCAUCACACGCCUUUCUGAAUGAUCUCCUGGAAAAUAAU